CACUCUAUCCCAAGGUUUGCAUCUACAUGAAUCGCACACAUUUCAGCUAAACUUGCUUCAAUCGAGCAUAACCUCUUCCAUGAUGGUCGCCAGUUCCCUUCCUGCCGAGCUCCUCCUCCUCAUCUUCAAGGAUUGCACGACGCUUGCUCAUGCUCAAGACGGUCUCACAUGGUACUUCCACAAGUGCCAACCUCGCUGCCUCCUAGACUGGGUACAAGUCACGCAUGUCUGUCAGAGGUGGCGCGCUAUCGCUCUCGGAUGUCCAUCGCUAUGGAGUCACUUUGUCUUUCUAUCCUCAGAUUGGGCCAAAGAGAUCCUUAGUCGUGCGGGCACGUCUCCUCUAACCAUCUCCUAUGCCGGGAGUAAGCGGGAUGAAUGCAUUGCGUUCUUCGCGUGGUGGUUGAAAAAAGCGCGCACUACUGAAGGUAACUUCCAACCGAACGAGUCAUCCCGUCUCUGUCUACCUCAGCAGUCUGCCGUCGGCUCUCGUUAUGUCUCCCAUCCGUCCAUCCAAACCUUGGUUUUGAACCACAUGCUCGAGAAUGACGCUGGUUAUGCUAUGAGCACUAUGCUGUUCUGUCCCACUCACUUGAAAAGACUGCAUCUCAGCAAUAUAGAUCUUUUCGGGAAAUCCAGCCUGUACCUGUACCUUGGAGAUAUGGUGUCUCUGGAGGAGCUCGUCCUGUUUGACUGUAUCCCCAACAUCGACCUCCCAAGCCGUCAACCAUUACGUCUGCCUCAUCUCACGCACAUACAUCUCGAUGGCCUUUUGCAUCCCAGUGUUGACUUCAUCGCUAUGCUUGAGCUUUCUCAGCCCCUCCUCUCGGUUAGCCUUGAAGACUCCUCGAGAGGUUUGCAUGAUGUUGAUCGAACCAUUGAGCAUCUCCAACGACUUAUCCCGGUUACCAGCAUUUCCCCCACGGCUGCCUCUCCAGUGCAGCUUGACUUCCCAAAUCACUAUUCCGCACUCCGUGCGGGGGGACAAUCUGAGUUUGGAGAGCAUCCGUCGACGUACGUAUUGGCUACUUGGGACCGCCAGAGGGUUGAGUCCCUUGGCUUGAUUUCCUGGCUACGCAAGGGCGAGAUCCCCAUGCUUCCUAGCGCUCCUCCACAACGCGACAAUGAUGUCCGAAUGUCAACUCUCUACGAAACAGAUCCCGAUCUCUACAUCUCCUCCAGGUUGGAAAUCGGAGGCACACCAGACCGCUGCGUACUGGCCGCUCUCUGUAGAAUCUUUUCCCUACGCUCGGUCGUGUUCGCAAGUAUCAUGGAGCCUGUCUACGCCACCAUCGAGGACGAACAUCGCUGUGCUUUUCGAGCGGGCGACAUUCACCAGUUCCUUACUGAAAUGCCGUCGCUCUUGGUCCUCGAAACGGUCAAUACUGAUCUAAGGGACCUUGUUCUUGCGCUUGCCCACCAUAAAGACGGUAUACCUGUAACGGAGCUACAGGAGCUCUGGCUGGUGAACGUCGACUUCUUCAACAGGGACGGGAUGUCGCAGCCGUGUCUUUCCUCAUGUCUCGCUACUCGCGCCAAAAAGGGGUUCCGGCUGAAGAGACUCGUCUUGAACAAGUGCAAUCAUAUCACACAGGAAAUACUGACAAAGCUCUGUGAUCUGGAGGCACUGGAAGUGGAUUUGGACGAGAGUUUUGUCAGCAUAUCUACGGAUGACUGGCUGAAGAUCAGAAGCAGUCGUACGGCAUGA